CAGCAGUCAGCAGAAGAAGGGAAUACGCCAGGUGAAUGGAGGCCGAGCCGCAAUUUUAGGAAUUUUGACAUCGAAUCUAGUAGACAAAGACACGAUCAGCAUCUCCGGAUAGCAGUUCGAAGCAAUCAUGUUGAAGCACGCAAACCUUUCCCUCGUCAGUCACAUCGUCAGGGUGUCCAAGCGAUCUGUUGGCUCUGUUGUCAACAUACCUAAGGUCGAGGAUUUCGGAGUACAAAACGAGCCCAUUUUAGGAUAUCUCAAAGGGAGUAAGGAGCGCAAAGAGCUGCAGGCAGCUCUUGACAAGCUCUCUUCUCAGUGUCAAGAUGUUCCGAUUAUCAUUGGCGACAAGGAAAUUAAAAACUCAGAUAUCCAGUACCAAGUCAUGCCCCACGACCACAAAAAGAACAUUGCAAAGUUUUACCAUGCAUCAAAAGAGGAGGUGAAGAAAGCCAUCAAUGUUGCGACUGACGCCCAAAAGCGUUGGGACCGAACACCUCUGGACGAACGUCUUUCUAUUUGGAAUAAGGCUGCCGACUUGAUGGCUGGAAAGUACCGCAUGGAGCUGAACGCAGCAACCAUGUUGGGCCAAGGAAAGACUGCAGUGCAGGCAGAAAUCGAUUCUGCUGCAGAAUUGAUAGAUUUCUUCCGAUUUAAUGCGUAUUUUGCUAAGGAACUGUUGAAAUAUCAACCUAUAAGCGAAGACUCCAAGGUGACCAAAAAUUCAAUGCGAUAUCGAGGCAUUGAAGGUUUUGUGGCGGCUGUCGCUCCAUUCAACUUCACGGCCAUCGGUGGCAAUCUUGCCUACACGCCUGCUCUGAUGGGUAAUGGAGUGGUGUGGAAGCCGUCGGACACAGCUGUGUUGUCCAACUACGUCAUCUACAAAAUUUGUAGAGAGGCUGGCGUUCCUGCUGGUGUGGUCAACUUUGUCCCUGCCGACGGACCAGUUUUUGGCGAUACGAUCACUGCGUCUCCUCAGCUUGCUGGCAUCAACUUCACAGGAUCUGUCCCAACAUUCAACCGAUUGUGGGCUCAAGUUGGAAAGAACAUCAACUCGUAUAAAAACUUCCCCAGACUGAUUGGCGAGUGCGGAGGAAAGAAUUACCACUUUAUUCAUCCUUCAGCUCAUGUCGAGUCGGUCGUCAUGGGCACGAUUCGAUCUGCCUUUGAAUAUUGCGGGCAAAAAUGCUCAGCUUGCUCCAGGAUGUAUGUUCCAGAAUCUCUCUGGCCACAGAUUAAGGAGGGGCUUCUCGCAUUAAGAGACAAGUUGAAGGUAGGACCCGUGACUGAAUUUGACUCGUUCAUGUCUGCCGUCAUUGACGAAAAGGCUUUCAAUCGAAUCAAAAGCUACAUUGACAAAGCAAAGAACUCCUCAGCUCUCAAUAUCUUAGGUGGCGGACAAUAUGAUGACAGCGUUGGUUACUUUGUUCAGCCUACGAUCAUACAGACAAAUGAUCCCAAGCACCGCAUCAUGAGCGAAGAAAUUUUCGGCCCUGUUCUCUCCAUUUACGUUUACCCGGAUAAAAAAGUUGAUUCGAUGUUGGAGCUUGUCAGCGAAACGGCACCUUAUGCACUGACUGGAGCUAUUUUUGCUCAAGACGAAAAUUUCUUGAAAUCUGCCAUUGAUGACUACAAAUACACAGCUGGAAACUUCUACAUAAACGACAAAUCAACAGGCUCCGUUGUUGGUCAGCAACCGUUUGGAGGAGGUCGUCUCUCUGGAACAAAUGACAAAGCCGGAGGUCCCCAUUACGUCUUGCGCUGGGCCUCGCCUCAGUCCGUAAAGGAGACCUUCGUUCCUUUGACAGAAUGGAGAUACCCUUACAUGGACUAAAUCUCCGCUCUACCGAUUGCAUUCAUUCUUGCCCUCUCCUCCCUGUUUUUUGCACAACGAAAAUCGGUGCAUAACAUCAAACGACCAUUAAGGAAUUUGUUGCUAGGUUGUGCCAUUUGAGAAAAUGUACCACGAUUGCAGUGUUGCGUAGAAAUCCCUUGCAUAAACCCAAAUAAUCAGUUGUUAGGUACUCAGUGCGAUGCAAAAUUGCAUAUUAUUGAGUGGAACAUAUUUGGUCACACAUUUGUUCAAUCGAAGUAUAUUUUGGUGCUGGAAGUACUUACUUAAAAUUCUUGCCAGCCGUGCAGUAUUACUCAAGAGUACUUACCUUUGAAAAGUAAUAACUUGUGAUUAUUGAUUUAGCUAGGUGUAUUAUGUGCUUUUAAUUUGCCUCAGGUCUUGGCCGAGUGCAUUUUUUUUAAAUUUCUUGUACAAAAGUUUACUCUUAUUUUUCUACUCUUAUUGCAUUUUAUUUAAAAACAAAUCUUGAUUCUUGCCUCAAAAUGAAGAAAUUCUUGCAAAAAUAAAAACAACUACAACACUAUGUUCUUUGCUAAUUUGAAAUUGGCUAUUUUUGCAUGACGACGAGUCUUAAUUAGGGCACGAAAACCAACUUCCGACACCAUCAUUGGUGUGAAGCGAAAAAGUGCUGAAUGUAGCAUCUUGACAAAAAUGAUGAUGACAAUAUGAAGUAUUACUAAUAAUGGUAUUACAGUUGUGUAAUGUUUGCCUUACUUAGUAGUACUGCAAAAGUAUUCCCAGUGUUACGAAAAGAACAAUAACGUAUGUACCCAUAUCCCUUUUCUUGAAUCAAAUCGUACGCGGGAUUAUUAUUGUAUUUUUUAUUAAAAGUUUAUAUCAAUUGACGGAUGGCAUGCAUUUACUCAUUUGAUUUGCAUUCUUAAAAACAUUUGUCACUUCUUCACCUUUCCGAAAGUCACAAAAGUCUUCUACUUUUUGUGGAAAGUAACGCAAAAUUUGAAAACCAUCCGUUCACUUGAUUAUUGAAGAAAUGUAUUUGUUCAUUGUGAUAUGUUGAUUGUAUGUUGCAUAUAUUUCAAAAUUAAGAACAACAUGUCGAGUAACAGUCAAAUCAUUAAUGUGUAAUAAUAUUAAUAUUAGAAAAGGAAAACUUUAUCUAACAUUGUACGGUAUGAACUCAUAAAGAUGAACCAGCAAAUUGUAAAAUCAACACGAGUUUAAUUCAGAAUCUCGUUCCUAUUUUUUUCGGAAGUAAUUUUUAGCUGCUGAAGGUCAUGAAAUUUCAGGUGCCAAGUAUUUUUUGCAUUAAUGAUGACGCAAAUUUCCUUCGCUUUACAAUUGAAUUGCACAUCCUGCGUUUGUUUGCGUAUCCCUGGCCCAGUGGCCGAACGGAAUUCACCUUUUUUAAUUCUCACAAUCAUUUUGAUCAAUUUGCGUCCGGCCAGGAUCUCCAACCACUUAAAUUCCAUCUAUUUCUCAGGGGUCAUAUUGAUUUCUGGUUGGUUUCCCCCUCGAGGGCAGUCUCACUUGCCAAAAUUCAAUAUUUCUAAACUUGUCCAUUAGGGAAAUUUUGCUCUUCGUGACGCACAAAAAGCAAGUCACGCCAAUUGACUUCCAAUAUAAACAUGUCACCUACUCUACGACAAUAUUUUCCCCUGCGCCGGAGGCCUAUUAUAAGAGAUGAUACGCAAUAUUUUUGCCAUUGUGGCUAGGUAA